GUGGAAAGGAACGGUGAAGAUUGGCAGAGUAAUAAGACGUCCUUAAAGUUUUUGGGUGAGAGCAACUCAUGAGCCAACCUGACGCUGAUUUGCUGGUCUACCGCGCGGGUGUUUUGGGAGGUUCCGAUCCAAUGAAGUCCAGGUUUUCAUUGGCGGUCUGGCCCUAAUUGCGCUAAUCGUGCGUCUCCGCGUCCACGUCAGGACUGUUCCAGCGGCAGAUUGAGCGUGACGGCGUCUUCAUGUGAUCCCCGCGCCGCUCGUCCUCCUCGAUCCCUCCCACUUCCAAAAAAAAAAAAAAAAAGACUUUUGCGCGUCCAGCGGCCACCAUUUGCUCACCGCGACUCCGCCGGCCGGCCUUUGGGAAUAUUUUCCCCAGCGGAAGCGUUUCCGGCACUGCUUCUUGGUUUUGGCUGGGAUAUGGGGGACACGCAGUCGGCGUACGAAGACGACGAGCCGGGCCAGGACGCGGCGGCGUGCCGAGUGGACUGCGGUGAUGACGAGCGUCACAAAGACGACGUUGCUGGAAAAUCCGAUGCCCCGCUCAAUGGUGUCUGCGAAGACGACAUCAGUCCUCAAGGUGGGGAAAUUUCAGAAAAGUCGCCUCAAGAAGUAGAAGCGCUGCUCCGAAAUGUUUUAGUGAACCAGGAGUCAGUCAAAGAAACAGAAGAAGAAAUAUCCUUGGACGUGACUCAAGUGGAAGCCAAACACAACGACGUGAAUGACGGCUUUAAGACCUUCUUCAGUAAGGUUGGCGUGAAGUUCACGCUGAAACCAGGCUCUCGAGACCACGGUGAAAUCGGAAAACAAGACCCCGAGUCCACUGAGGUCAAGGACCCCGCUGACCGAAUCCACGACGACCGAACCCAAGUGGACCUACCGCCGGAGGGUCAAAACAACGAGUCAACGUGUCCGAACAGGGUGGAAACAGGAGUCCGAGAAGAUUCCCAAAACAAGGAAGACAGCCCUGACAACGAAUGGACGCACCUCGACAUGUCGUCGGAACAGGAACCUUCGUCUCUGUCUGAUGCUAAAGAGGAUGUGACGAUGUCGCCUAUUAAAAAGUUUUUUACCACGGGAAUCUUCGCCGGAUUGCAGAAAAAGAGCAUCUCCUUGGAAGAUGAGGUCAUGACGAGAGAGCUGCUUGUGCAGGAAGUCGAAGAGACGGCAAAAGAAAUGACACGAGACCAAGAGGAGGACACAGAUAAUUCUGCAGUAACAGUAGCGGAUGAUGACCAGAACGAAAAUCCACCAGCAAACGUGGUGAACGAAUCUGAAAGCCCCAAAGAGGUCGAGGCUGUUCCGUCAAGUCCUCUGAAGAGGCUUCUGUUGGGCUCAAGUCUGAUGAAAGUGAAAAGACAAAAAGACACAAAACAGUCCGAGGGUGAAGACUGUAAACCAUCCAGUGACUCGCACCAUCUUUCGUCACCGACGGACACGACAGAGAACGACAAAAAAGAGAGUCCUGCAGAAACAACUGGAGCAGAGGAGGAGAGUCCCUGGGCCACGUUUAAGAAACUCUUAUCUCCCAAAAGGCGAGUGAACAGGUCCGCCUUGAGCAAUGACGACACCCAAACCCCGGUGCCCAAAGACAAAUCGGAGCUAAACCAAGGAGAUGAAAUAUUGGAGCACACCGUCGACGAGGGCAAAAAACGGAAGGAUUCAGCCAUAUCCUGGGAUGCUCUUUUAUGUGGAACAAGUCAUACCGCGUCAGAUUCUGACCAUGAAAAACCAAGUGAAAAUGUGCAACCACCACAAAACCUUGACAAAAAUGCUGAGCUUUUAGCUGCUACCACCAAAGGGGUUGGAAGUCCAGCUGAGGGCGAUGUAGAGUCAACUUGGAAUGCUUUUAAAAGACUUAUGAGCCCAAAAAAGAAAGCCAAGCCUGAAGAAGAAAGACAACAAAGUCUUGAAACUGAUGACGUGCAAGAAAACUUCUCAUUUUCGGCAAAGAUUUUCCCGACCUGGAAGAAGAGAAAGUCCCUCUCAAAAAAAGACCAUGAAGCACCUCCGUGUGAGGUGGAUCAGGAGCUCCUGCCAGAUGACCUUAAUUCACCAGCAGUUUUUCUUUCGUCUAAUUCUGACACUGUUACAAAAGACCCAAAAGAAGACACUGAAGCGUCUGUAAAAACUGAUUUUCAACUCAACCAAGAUUUCCUCCCCGAGGCAAUUGAAGCAGCUCAACCUUUGGACGAGCUGCAGAUCCAGGACACCCAACGUGAUGUUGAUGCCUUACAAAAUGAAGCCACUUAUGAAGACCUAGCUGAUCUCACAGAGUUUAUCGGAAAACCACUGAGUGAUAUUCUGGAGGAAGGUGAUUUUACAGAGAGCGCCACAGCAAACGAGCCCGUCGAGGUCACAUCCGAGGCCGUCACUGCGGAUGCCAGCCUCGGGGAUGAUAGUGAAUUGAUAUCUGCACUCUCCCACCUGGCAGAUGCGACCACAAGAGUUGGGGCAGAAUUCCAUGUCAAGAAAACAGAAGAGUUUCUGCAGCAGGUUGUUGAGAGCAUCUCUACUAAUCGGGAGACAGAUCUGCUGUGUUUGGAUAAGAUCGUUUGUUCUGCCUUGAGUGACACUCUUCAAACCUUUGGGGAGUUUUCACAACUACGUGAAGUCCAAAAAUUGGAUCUAACUCCAACCAGAACAGAUGUGGUUGUAAAUGAAAUGGAAGCAGCAAUGGAUACAACAGAGACCACAGAACUUACACCUCCAACUCCAACAAAGGAGCUCGAUACCCAGAGAACUACAACUCAAAUCUCGACAGAGGAACUUGAUACCAGGGAAAUCACAAGUUCCACUCCUAGGGAGGAGUUUGAGCCACAAGAAAUCACACCUCAGAUUCCACUGGAGAAUUCCGGCACCAAAGAAAUCUCCCCUCAGAUGGCACCGGAGGAGCUUGACAAAGAAAUCACAACUUUCAUUCCCACCAGGGAGCUCGACGCGCAGAAAAUGGCAACUCCGAUUCCGACUGACAAACUUGAUGCAGAGGAAAUCAAAGCAACUUCUACCGAGGAGCGUGACACACAGGAAAUUACCCCUCACAUUCCAACGGUGGCACUUGUAUCCCACAAAAUCACAACUCCCAUUCCUGCCGGCAAUCUUGACGAUGUUGAAACCAUGGAAAUUACAGCUCCCAUUCCUGAUGAACAAAUUGGCAGCAAAGAAAUCACAACCCUCAUUCCGGACAAGGAGCUUGACACACAGGAAAUUACACUGCCGAUUCCUGCCGAGAAGAUUGACACCCAGGAAAUCACAACAUCCAUUUCUGACGAAAAACUUGACACAGAGGAACUGAAACCUUCCACUUGUACCAAGGAGCAUGACACUGAGGAAAUCACAACUGUCAUUCCUACCAAGGAGCUUGACACCCCUGGCAAGGAGCUGGACCCCCAGGAAAUCAUGACUCCCAAUCCUCCUGAGAGACUUGAGACAGAGGAAAUCAAACCUAUUUUCCCCGAGCAGCAUGACACUGAGGAAAUCACAACUGUCAUUCUUACCAAGGAGAUAGGCACCCGGGAAAACAUGACGGCCAUUCCUCCUGAGAACCUUCACGCAAAGGAAAUCAGACCUGAUUCUAACGAGGAGCAUGACGUAGAGCAGGAACUUACACCUCGUAGUCCCACGAUGGACCGUGACACCAUGGACACAGAGGAACUGAAACCUGCCACUUGUACCGAGGACCAUGACAUAGAGGAAAUCACACCUCAGACUCUGACAGAGGAGCUCGACACAAGGGAAAUUGCAUCCCCCAUUCCUACGAAGGACCAUGAUACUGACGAAAUCGCAACUGUCAUUCCUACCAAGGAGCUUGACACCCAGGAAAUUUCACCUCCUACUCCUGGCAAGGAGCUGGACGCCCAGGAAAUCACGACUCCCAAUCCUCCUGAGAGACUUGACACUGAGGAAAUCACAACUGUCAUUCUUACCAAGGAGAUAGACACCCAGGAAAACAUGACGGCCAUUCCUCCUGAAAACCUUUACGCCAAGGAAAUCAGACCUGAUUCUAACGAGGAGCAUGACAUAGAGCAGGAAAUUACACCUCGUAGUCCCACGAUGGACCGUGACACCAUGGACACAGAGGAACUGAAACCGGCCACUUGUACCGAGGAGCAUGACGUAGAAGAAACAACACCGCAGACUCUGACAGAGGAACUCGACACAAGGGAAAUUGCAUCCCCCAUUCCUACGAAGGACCAUGAUACUGACGAAAUCGCAACUGUCAUUCCUACCAAGGAGCUUGACACCCAGGAAAUUUCACCUCCUACUCCUGGCAAGGAGCUGGACGCCCAGGAAAUCAGGACUCCCAAUCCUCCUGAGAGACUUGACACUGAGGAAAUCACAACUGUCAUUCUUACCAAGGAGAUAGACACCCAGGAAAACAUGACGGCCAUUCCUCCUGAAAACCUUUACGCCAAGGAAAUCAGACCUGAUUCUAACGAGGAGCAUGACAUAGAGCAGGAAAUUACACCUCGUAGUCCCACGAUGGACCGUGACACCAUGGACACAGAGGAACUGAAACCGGCCACUUGUACCGAGGAGCAUGACGUAGAAGAAACAACACCGCAGACUCUGACAGAGGAGCUCGACACAAGGGAAAUUGCAUCCCCCAUUCCUACGAAGGACCAUGAUACUGACGAAAUCGCAACUGUCAUUCCUACCAAGGAGCUUGACACCCAGGAAAUUUCACCUCCUACUCCUGGCAAGGAGCUAGACGCCCAGGAAAUCACGACUCCCAAUCCUCCUGAGAGUCUUGACACUGAGGAAAUCACAACUGUCAUUCUUACCAAGGAGAUAGACACCCAGGAAAACAUGAGUCCCAUUCCUCCUGAGAACCUUCACGCAAAGGAAAUCAGACCUGAUUCUAACGAGGAGCAUGACAUAGAGCAGGAAAUUACACCUCGUAUUCCCACAAUAGACCGUGACACCAGAGACAUAGAGGAACUGAAACCGGCCACUUGUACCGAGGAGCAUGACAGCUAG